AUGGCCAUGUCCCAAGCCCCAGGUGAAGUGAGCACAGCCACCAGGCAGGCUGGAUUAGAGGGGCUGGAAGCAUUAAAAGAUGCCUCAGAGAAGCUCAAACACCUUGAAAUGGAAAGUGGUCCUUUGCCAGCCAGUCAUCCCAACAGGGACAUUAACAUCAGCAACCAGGAGGAAGUGGUGAAGUUAACUGAGAAAUGUCUGAAUAAUGCCAUUGACAGCCCCGCACUGAACGCCAGGAGAGUUCCUCCUGACAUGAAGAGUAACAUUCUGAAGGCUCAUGCAGAAGCAGUGCCGAAGGUUACAAGAGAAGAUAACUUAUUAAGUCAUAAAAAUGCCAGUGUUCAGGAUGCUGCCACCAACAGUGCUGAGUUAAAUGAGAACGCCGUGCCCGGCCCUGGAGGGUCUCUCAUUCCGAUGCGAACCACGCCUGCAGAAAAUGGGCCUGCUCUAAAGGAUGCUACAGAUGAAUUGGAUGCCUUGCUUUUAUCUCUAACUGAGAAUCUCGUUGACCACACAACCACACCUCAGGUAUCUUCCAUAUCCACGAUCACACCCCGUUGGAUUGUGCCACAGAGUGCUGCCCUUCCUAACGGGCUUGCAGGAGACAGCGGGCUCUCGCCGGCCGGGAAGGAGAGGCCUGGCAACAGGGGUGUGGUCUCCCUCAUCUCUCCCCCAGCGCCGUUCUUCGUGGAUGCUGUGACCAGCUCGGCUCCAGCCUCUGCUGGAGAAGCCACCUUGAAGCAGAAGUGUUUGCUGACAACAGAGCUCUGA